CGCUGGGCCCAGGGUCAAGUGAGAGGGGUCUCCAGCCUCCGCGAGGCCUCAGGUUUGCCAUCUUGGGAUCCCAUGGCUGUUCUUACUGGGCUCUGGGGCCCCUUUGCCCAUGUCAGCAGAGCAUUUGGCCAGCGCUGCUUCAGCACCUCUAGGAGCCUCGAUGCAAUCCAGAAGAUGACUCGGGUGCGUGUAGUGGACAAUAGUGCCCUGGGGAACACCCCGUACCAUCGGCCUCCUCGCUGCAUCCACGUCUAUAACAAGAGUGGGGUGGGUAAAGUCGGCGACCAGAUCCUGCUGGCCAUCAGGGGACAGAAGAAGAAAGCGCUCAUUGUGGGACAUCGCAUGCCUGGCUCCCGAAUGACCCCAAGGUUUGACUCCAACAAUGUGGUCCUCAUUGAGGACAAUGGGAACCCUGUGGGGACUCGAAUUAAAACACCUAUCCCAACCAGCCUUCGCAAGAAGGAAGGCGAGUAUUCCAAGGUGUUGGCCAUAGCUCAGAACUUUGUGUGAGCAGAGCGGCUCUGAGCCAUGCAACCAUUCCCUUCACACUGGUAACAGAAUAAAUGUUUUAAUGUGUGUUUUCUUCCUAUGCUGUCUGAGCUGCGGUUGUGAGGAGGGUAACAGCAGUUGAAUACUGGCUUCCUCCCUCGACCCCCGGAGUGGCCUGGGCUUUCUUUACAGCUCACAAUCAUGGGUCAUUCAGUGAUUCAACAACCGUUGCUCUUCUCUUCUUCACUUGUUGGUCUCCUUGUGGGGAGUAAGGACUCCCUUAGUUUCUUUAAUAGAAUCUCGUCAACACACAUAAUAUUUUGUUAAAGAUACUGUGGGGUUAAAGAGAUGGCUACUCUUCUAGAGGGCCAGGUUCUAUUCCCAGCACUCCUAUGAAGAUUCACAACCUUCUGUAACUUUAGUUCUGAUGGAUCUGAUGCCCCCUUCUGGCCUCAGUGGGGACUGCGUUCAUGUGGUAUACAGCCGUAUGUGCUGGCGGAACACUCCCUGCACAUAAAAUUAAAAAAAAAAAUUAAAAGAUACUAUAGCCACUUA